CCCCCCCUCAAGUAUAUUUUUUGUAAAUAUUAACAAUUCAUACAUUUUUUUUGUGAUACAUCACAGACAAGGGUUCGUACUAUAUUUCAGAUAAGGAAGAUUCCCUGGGGGAAUUCGCUAACCAGGCGUAUGUAAAACUUAUUAAAAAAGCAAAAAAAGACCUCGGGGACAAAGAAACCCCAGAGUGUUUAUUUCGCUUUGAGGUCAACGAGGAGAAAACGAUGGGAGGGAAGAGAAAGAGGAAAGAAACGGAGAAAGUAAAAGAAAGCAAAAGACAAGAUGAGUGCACCAGUCCCAAAAAGAGAAAGAUCAGUAAGGAGAAGGUGACAUCAAAAAAGACCACCACUGAAACUGAGAUAAAUAAAAUUAUCUUAGCAGCUCAGUUUGAGGAAAGUGGUAGUGAUGAUGAACACUCUCAUGCUAGGACAGACACACCUACCUUAACAUCAACACCCGCGCAUCCAAACACACAGUACCAUGGCAGGACAGACACACCUAACUUAACAUCAACACCCGCGCACCCAAACACACAGUACCAUGGCAGGACAGACACACCUACCUUAACAUCAACACCCACGCACCCAAACACACAGUACCAUGGCAGGACAGACACACCUACCUUAACAUCAACACCCACGCACCCAAACACACAGUACCAUGGCAGGACAGACACACCUACCUUAACAUCAACACCCACGCACCCAAACACACAGUACCAUGGCAGGACAGACACACCUACCUUAACAUCAACACCCACGCACCCAAACACACAGUACCAUGGCAGGACAGACACACCUAACUUAACAUCAACACCCGCGCACCCAAACACACAGUACCAAGGCAGUACAAACACACCUCACCUAACACCCGUACAUCCAGACACAUCUCACCUAACACCCGUACAUCCAGACACAUCUCACCUAACACCCGUACAUCCAGACACAUCUCACCUAACACCUGUACAUCCAGACACAUCUCACCUUAAACACCCGUACAUCCAGACACACAGAGGUCGACACAAAUAGGCCACACUUUUAUCUCGCCUUAUGAUACACAACACCUACAUUACACACCUUUGCAAAAAAACACCACCAAACCUCUGCCAUGUCAUAAAUAUGGUUCAAAGUACGACACGCCCCCCACCCGACUACCUGGAUUUGAACCAAAUCCAUCAGCACAUUUUACCACAAGCAGGCCAUCAUCUCCUUUGGGAAUGACAGCGUUGUCCACGACAUGGUCAAUGUGUACGUCUGCAAUGGACAAUGUCAUACCGGUAACUGACCAUCACAAUGUUCAGCCACCACAUACUUCACAAGCUUCAAGUAAUAGGACACUCCCAGCUCCAAGUCCGGAGGUAUUAGAUGUACUACGCGGACUAAUGCGACCAGAUGUACAGUGUUACCUAACAAAAUUAGUCGAAGCAUUUACAGACGGACAACCGGAUAACACAGACUUCCAGGUAAACAAGCCACGACGACCUCUCUGUAUUGACCAGCACAUCAGCAACGAAACUGAAGAACAUUUAUAUACUCUUCCGCAGGACUCCGCCCCACAGAUGGUCAACAUGAAUGACAGUAUAAUAUCAGGCAAAGGACAUGCGGCAAAUCGUCCAUCAGAAGGCACCCCGCAAAUGGCAAAACUUCUCGAUGAUUCGGAUGUCAUGGUGUCCAAGGAUGGCUUAAGGAAAGCGGUGUCCGCAGCAAAAAAGAGCAGUAAGCCGGGUUUUACUCUCUGUUAUAAGUUGCUCGCAGAGCUGUUUAACUUAGAAGAACUUGCUGCCUCUCGAGGACAAGGUAUUGGAAAUACCAAAGACAAGGAAAAACCAGUCCUCGAUAAAGUUAGGACUCAGGCCCUCAAAAAUUACGUUGUGAUAUGGUGUCGAAAAAACGACCAUGCUGCACCAAGUGAGCAAACGCUGAACAGUGCAAUAACAGAAAGAAUUUGUUAUGCAAGAAAACAAUGUGUAAAGCAAAUGACUCGGUGAUUUAUGGUUGUGUACCAGAAAUGUAAUAAAUGUAUGUAAUAUUGAGGAAUAAAUUCCAAACUGUAAGUAUUGGUUUGUAUCUUAUUUA